AUGGAGCAUAUGUCAGCCAUGUCUGAAGGUGAAUGGAGUGGAAUGUAUUCCUCUUAUCAGGAGGCUGAUUUUAUUGAUCAGUUUCUUAGUAACUGUUUGCAGCCUAAUAACAUUAACAAUUCUAUGUAUUUUUCUUCACAAGGACGUAGUUAUAAUGGUUGUUGUAGUUCUCAAUUUUCCCUUCCGAGUCAUGAAAGCUACUACGAGAGUCAUGUUCAAUCAAUCUUGAUGAGAAAUGAGAGUUCAAUAACAAAAGAAUAUGAUAUGGUGGAAGGUGAUAAAAUAAGUUCACCCUCUCAGGUACUUACUAAUAAUUACAAGCUAAUUGAAGUGGAUGACUUCUUUAACCAAGAUAUGAGCAAUGAUAGCAUGGAGUAUGUAUUGCAAGACAAAGUGGAUAGUCCACCAGAGAGCUCUAAGAAAAAAAGAUCCCGUGGAUUGCUUGUUGAUGUCCCAAAGAACAAGAGAAGCGUAAAGCUGAAAAAGACUAGUGAGAUGGAUGGGGAAAACAAGGCCGCGCUUCAGAGGCAGAACUCUACUAGUUGCUGCUCAGAAGAUGAAUCUAAUGUUUCUCUCGGGUUGACACGAAAAUCCAGAGCCAGCAGAGGUUCAGCAACUGACCCCCAGAGCUUGUAUGCCAGGAAAAGAAGAGAGAGAAUUAAUCAAAGAUUGAGAAUCUUGCAGAGUCUAGUCCCUAAUGGAACCAAGGUUGACAUUAGCACCAUGCUUGAAGAGGCAGUCCAGUAUGUCAAAUUCUUGCAACUCCAAAUCAAGCUUUUAAGCUCUGAUGACCUAUGGAUGUAUGCUCCCAUCGCGUACAACGGAAUGGACAUUGGCCUAGAUCUAAUGAUGGGUACUGCAAAAUCAUAA